GAAAACAAUCUUUGCCGUUGUCUCCGGAUGACUUUUCUUUUUCCCGUCUCUCUCAACCCCAGAGCGGAAGGAGUGGAGCGUUUCCUGACUCAGGUCGGUGCACGCUUUCGGGAGGAUACAGGCGUAGUAACAAUACCUCUCCGUGUGGCAUGUGAGAGUCAGAGAGCGUAUUUUUCGGCGCAAAGAAACAAGAACGCUGGUCGGCAAGAAAGGGCUCGACCGGUAGAGAGGCUGAAGAGCUCUCCGUCGGUUCCCGGUUUCCCGCUGCGACAGAGAUGGAGUGGCUGUGCGGACCUGACCUACCUUUCUGGGUAGCCAAUCAGACGUUGCACACAGAUUCCCCCGACCUCCCGAAGUGUUUUCAGCUCUCUGUCCUGUCAUGGCUGCCGUGCAUCUACCUUUGGGCUGUCUGCCCCAUCUACCUCUUCUAUCUCAAGAGGAGCAACAGAGACUACAUCAUGAUGUCCAUAAUGAACAGAAUCAAAACGGCGCUUGGCUUGUUGUUAUCGAUUGUGUGUUGGACCGAUCUCUUCUACACAUUCCACGAGCUGCGGCAGGAGCACAGCCAGCCUCCCAUCUACCUGAUCACCCCGCUGGUGCUCGGCAUGACAAUGAUGUUGGCCACGUUUCUGAUCCAGUAUGAGAGGUUACACGGGGUUCAGUCCUCUGGGGUCCUCUUCAUCUUCUGGUUCCUGUCUGUGCUGUGUGCCAUCGUGCCUUUCCGCUCCAAGAUCCUACAGGCCUCCAGCCAGAGCGAAGUGACCGACAAGCUGCGUUUUACUACGUUCUACUUCUACUUUGGCCUGGUGGUCUGUGAGCUGAUCCUCUGCUGCUUCAAUGAAAAGCCUCCUCUCUUCUCCAGUGUUGUCACAGACCCUAAUCCCUGCCCUGAAACCACAGCAGGUUUUCUCUCCACCAUUACGUUCUGGUGGUUUACAAGUAUGGCUAUUAAAGGCUACAAAAUGCCUUUAGAGACCAAAGACCUUUGGUCUCUAAAAGAGCGUGACAGCUCUAAGAUCACGGUGCCCAAACUCCUCAAAGAGUGGGAGAAAGAGCUGACCAAAGCCAAGAGUGAAGUGAAUCCGUCCAGCCAGGCUGUGUACUCUAAGCCCCCGCCGUCAACCACAAACCACAUUGGAGGAGGAGGUGAAAGCAGCCCAGAUGAAGUAGAGGUGCUGCUGUCCAAUCCCAAAGCUGCAUCCCGCCAGCCGUCUUUCCUACGCGCCCUCAUCAGAGCCUUUGGGCCCUACUUUCUGAUUGGGUCGGCCUUCAAGCUUCUGCAGGAUGUCAUCACCUUUAUCAACCCUCAGCUGCUCAGGAUGCUGAUCUUGUUCACAAAACAGAAGGGGGCUCCCGAUUGGUGGGGUUACUCGCUGGCCUUUCUCAUGUUCUUCACAGCCUUCUUGCAGACUCUCAUCCUUCAUCAACACUUUCAGUACUGUUUCGUCACUGGCAUGAAUGUACGCACAGCUAUCAUAGGAGCUAUCUACAGGAAGUCGUUGGUGAUAACUAACGCUGCCAAGCGUUCAUCUACAGUGGGAGAGGUUGUCAAUUUGAUGUCGGUGGACGCACAGAGGUUCAUGGACCUCACCACCUUCCUCAACAUGUUGUGGUCUGCUCCUCUUCAGAUUAUGCUAGCACUGUAUUUUCUAUGGCAGAACCUCGGCCCAUCUGUGCUGGCUGGGGUGGCUGUCAUGAUCAUGCUGAUCCCCUUGAAUGCUGUCAUUGCCAUGAAGACACGAGCCUACCAGGUGGAGCAGAUGCAGUACAAGGACUCUCGUAUCAAGCUGAUGAACGAGAUCCUAAACGGAAUAAAAGUCCUAAAGCUUUAUGCGUGGGAGAACUCCUUCAAAGAAAAGGUCCUUGCCAUUCGUCAAAAGGAGCUCCAAGUGCUGCGUAAGACAGCGUACCUGGGAGCUCUGUCUACUAUGGCCUGGACCAGUGCCCCUUUCUUGGUUGCCUUGACAUCGUUUGCCGUGUAUGUGACUGUGGAUGAAAAGAACACCUUGGAUGCGGAGAAGGCCUUUGUGUCACUCUCACUCUUCAACAUCCUCAGGUUUCCUCUCAACAUGCUUCCCCAAGUCAUCAGCAGCAUCGUGCAGGCCAGCGUCUCAUUGAAACGAAUCCAAAAUUUCCUGAGUCACGAUGAGCUGGACCCAAAUUCAGUAGACAGAAAGAACACAGCCGCAGAGUUUUCAGUGACAGUUGUCAACGGGAAAUUCAGCUGGGCUAAAGAAGAUCCCCCUGUUCUGCAUAACAUUAACAUGAUGGUGCCUAAUGGCUCCCUGCUGGCAGUGGUAGGCCACGUUGGCUGUGGGAAGUCCUCCCUACUCUCUGCGCUGCUCGGUGAAGUGGAGAAACUGGAGGGAGAGGUUUCCAUUCGGGGAUCAGUGGCAUACGUACCGCAGCAGGCAUGGAUACAGAAUGCCACGCUGCGGGACAACAUCCUGUUUGGGAAACCCUACAAUGAGCAGAAGUACCAGUGUGUUCUGGAAGCCUGUGCCUUAACUCCUGACCUGGAAGUGCUGCCCGGAGGUGAUAUGACUGAGAUAGGCGAGAAGGGCAUCAACCUCUCUGGUGGGCAGAGACAGAGGGUGAGUCUGGCCCGUGCUCUGUACAGCGACACCGAUGUCUACCUCCUGGACGAUCCGCUGUCAGCUGUGGACGCCCACGUAGCCAAACACAUCUUUGACAACCUCGUCGGUCCCGAGGGGGUGCUGAAGGGCAAGACACGUAUUCUGGUGACACAUGGCAUCAGCUUCCUGCCCCAGGUGGAUAACAUUAUAGUGAUGGUGGAUGGCAGGGUGUCGGAGAUGGGCUCCUACCAGGAGCUGCUCAAACAGAACGGAGCCUUCGCAGAGUUUCUCAGGAACUAUGCCGUGGAGGACAUUGUUGAGGAAGAAGAGGCCACUGAAGAGUUAAUCCAAGAUGAGGAAUUGUUCCCUGACGAUGCCCUUAGCAACCACACAGACAUGGUGGAGAAUGAGCCUGUGAUAAAUGAAACCAAGAGAGAUUUCAUAAGGCAGAUCAGCAUCAUUUCAGCAGACGGAGAGAACCCCAGAUCCCGCUCCGUGAGGAGACACGGCUGCAGCCAGAGGAAACACUCCGAGCAACAAGAGAAGAAGAAACCACAGGAUAUGCAGAAACUCAUCCAGACAGAGACCAUGGAAACAGGCAGGGUGAAAGCAAAGGUGUACCUUGAGUACGCCAAGGCGGUGGGAAUUCUGCUGUCCGUGCUCAUCUGUUUCCUGUACGGCUGCCAGAGCGCAGCGGCCAUCGGAGCAAACAUCUGGCUCAGCCAGUGGACCAAUGAUGCCUUAACAAAUCAAACUCAGGAGAAUGUUCACAUGAGAGUGGGGGUGUACGCAGCACUCGGCAUUGCACAAGGUGUGCUAUUGUUGGUUAACUGCCUGUUGUGCCGUGCCUACUGUAUGCUGCGGGCAGCAAAGCUCACGCACCGCAACAUGCUCGAGGGGGUCCUGCGAGCCCCGCAGGCCUUCUUUGAGAGCACCCCCACUGGGCGGUUACUGAACCGCUUCAGCAAAGACGUGGAUGCUAUAGACUCCCACAUCCCAGACAAUAUUGACAUAUGGAUGCGCACUUUCUGGUACACACUGAAUGUGCUGCUCAUAUGCUCUGCCCUCACCCCAAUGUUCCUCAUAGUCAUAGCCCCGUUAAUGGUGUUCUAUUGGUGGGUUCAGAGAUUUUACGUUGCCACGUCUCGGCAGCUAAAGCGUCUGGAAUCAGUCAGCCGCUCUCCAAUAUAUUCCCAUUUCUCUGAAACCGUCACUGGCUGUAGUGUAAUCCGAGCCUAUGGCAGACACUCUUCCUUUGUUCUGAUGAGUGAUAUGAAAGUGGAUGAAAACCAAAAGAGUUACUACCCUGGUAUAGUGUCCAACAGGUGGCUCGGGGUGCGUAUUGAGUUCAUCGGGAACUGCAUAGUGUUGUUUGCUGCUGUGUUUGCCGUGGCUGGGAAGGACACUCUGAGCCCGGGCCUCGUGGGUCUGUCAGUGUCCUACGCUCUACAGGUGACCAUGUCUCUGAAUUGGAUGGUGCGAAUGACUUCAGAUCUGGAGAGCAACAUAGUAGCAGUGGAGAGAGUGAAGGAGUAUGCUGAGACCAAGACAGAGGCACCCUGGGAGGUGGAGGACAAGAAGCCCCCACCUGAGUGGCCCAUGGAGGGGAACGUGGACUUCCACGACUACAGCGUUCGGUACCGAGAGGGACUGGACCUCGUCCUGAAGAACCUCACACUGAGCGUCAAAGGAGGAGAGAAGAUUGGUAUUGUGGGUCGUACAGGGGCCGGCAAGUCCUCCAUGACGCUUUGCCUCUUCCGAUUGUUGGAAGCCGCAGCAGGAGAGAUCACCAUCGACAAGGUGAAGAUAUCUGAGAUAGGCCUCCACGACCUGAGGUCCAAACUCACCAUCAUCCCACAGGAGCCUGUGCUCUUCUCGGGCACACUAAAAAUGAACCUGGACCCCUUUGAGAAGUACAGUGAUGAGGAGAUGUGGCGAGCUCUGGAACAUUCUCAUCUCCACAAGUUUGUCAGCAACCAGCCAGCAAAACUGGAGCUGGAGUGCUCAGAGGGAGGAGAGAACCUCAGUGUGGGCCAGAGGCAGCUGGUGUGUUUGGCCCGAGCUCUCCUGAGAAAGACCAGGAUCCUCAUCCUGGAUGAAGCUACAGCCGCUAUAGAUCUGGAGACAGACGAUCUCAUUCAGUCCACCAUUCGGACUCAGUUUGAAGACUGCACCGUCUUUACCAUCGCUCACAGACUCAACACAAUCAUGGAUUACACAAGAGUGUUGGUGUUGGACAAGGGACAGGUAGCAGAGUUUGACACUCCUACAAAUCUCUUAUCACGGAGAGGGAUCUUCUACGGCAUGGCUAAAGAUGCCGGACUGACACAGUAGAACUGCAUUUUGUCCCAAUGUUACAAACCAGGGUUGAGGAGGAUCUCAGGUCAGUCUGACUCUGCAUUUCAAACCUGGAGGUUGAACUGAAGAGGACCUCUUAUGUAUACUUGGUAUUUCUUUCAGUUACUGCUGGUUUUGAAUUAAUCCUGAAUUCCUUAGCAGACUCGGAUCAACUAGCCGUUGCAAAAGUCUCAGCGAUUGACUGCCCCUAUGGUCUGCAUCAGGACAUCUACACACUAUUCUGUAAUUGUCGUAGGUUUCUGGCACAGGCUGCGAUGUCCCAGGUGGCAAACACUGUCCCUUUGGCAUGUGAAUAGGAAAAAACAAGCCAUAUGUGCAAAUACUAGUUGAUCCAAGUCUGCUCUUUAGUGCCUUCUGCCAGUGGGAUAAAGAAAGCCAGUGAAUGUAUCAUUUUCUAUUCAGCAGUCUGAUGCAAAACAAACCACAACAAAAAGGAGGAACUUUUUUAUUAUUUUUUUCUACAAAGCGACAUAUUGUGCCACUGUACUUUCCUCAUAAGAAAAAAAAAACGUACAAUUUGUGAUAAACCCACUUAUUUUUGUACUGUACUAUUAUUUAUGCUACUUUUUAAAGAAUUGUCUCAUCUAGGGAAGUUUGCUCAGUUACAUUAGUGAUUCUUUUGUGAACCAAUUCUAUUAAAACUUGAAUUAUGUACCACCAAAAUAUGAUAUAUGAUAAUGCUUUUAUUAAAAAAGGAA